AUGCUGGAGACCUACAGAAACCUCACUACUGUAGGAUACAGUUGGGAAGACCAUAAUAUUGAAGAACAUUGUCAAAGUUCUAGAAGACAUGAAAGGCAUGAAAAAAGUCAAACUACAGAGAAAACUUCUGUAUGUACUCAAUGUGUUAAAGCCUUUGCAUGUGACAGUCAUCUACACAGGCUUGAAAAUACACAUACUAGAUUGAAAUCCUAUGAACAUAAUGAAUGUAGUAAAGCCAUUUUACAUCACAGUCAUCUUGAAAUACAUAAAAGAACAUACACUGGUGAGAAACCCUAUAAAUGUAAUCAGUGUGGUAAGGUCUUUGCAUAUUCCAGUACUCUUAAAAUGCAUGAGAGAAGCCAUACUGGAGAGAUGCCCAAUAAAUGUAAUCAGUAUGGUAAAGCCUUUACAUGUCACAGUCAUCUACAAAUACAUAAAAGAACACAUACUGGAGAGAAGCCCUAUGAAUGUAAUCAGUGUGGAAAAGCCUUUGCACGGAGUAGUAAUCUACAAGUACAUAAAAGAACCCACACUGGAGAGAAGCCCUAUGAAUGUAAUCAGUGUGGUAAAGCCUUUGCACAUCACAGUCAUCUACAGGUACAUAAAAGAACACAUACUGCAGUGAAGCCCUAUGAUUGUAAUCAGUGUGGAAAAGCCUUUGCACGUCACAGUAGUCUCCAAGUACAUAAAAGAACACAUACUGGAGAGAAGCCCUAUGAAUGUAAUCAGUGUGGUAAAGCCUUUUCACACCAUAGUACUCUACAAGUACAUAAAAGAACACAUACUGGAGAGAAGCCCUAUGAAUGUAAUCAGUGUGGAAAAGCCUUUGCAUGCCAUAGUAGUCUUCAAAAACAUGAAAGAAGCCACACUGGAGAGAAGCCCUAUGAAUGUAAUCAGUGUGGAAAAGCCUUUGCACGUCACAAUCAUCUUCAGAUGCAUAAAAGAACACACACUGGAGAGAAACCUUAUAAAUGUAAUCAGUGUGGAAAAGCCUUUGCACGUCACAGUAGUCUCCGAAUACAUGAAAGAAGCCAUACUGGAGAGAAGCCCUAUGAAUGUAAUCAGUGUGGUAAAGCCUUUUCACACCAUAGUACUCUACAAGUACAUAAAAGAACACAUACUGGAGAGAAGCCCUAUGAAUGUAAUCAGUGUGGUAAAGCCUUUGCACGGAGUAGUAAUCUACAAGUACAUAAAAGAACCCACACUGGAGAGAAGCCCUAUGAAUGUAAUCAGUGUGGUAAAGCCUUUGCAUGUCACAAUAGUCUCCAAGUACAUAAAAGAACACAUACUGGAGAGAAGCCCUAUGAAUGUAAUCAGUGUGGAAAAGCGUUUGCAUACCAUACCUUUUUACGUCACAGUCAUCUUCAGAUGCAUAAAAGAACACACACUAGAUAG